AUGGGUUCCUCACUGUCCGUUGAACAACAAGCCUUUUCUCAAGACCUCCUCUUUCUACUCACUAAGGAAGGACACUCUGUUACAAAGAAGGAGGUUGAAGAUUUAGUAAAAGCUAUUGAUGAUGUAUGUCCAUGGGUCCCCGAAAGAGGAACCCUUAAGUUGAAGGACUGGGUGAAAAUUGGCGGCCAUUUCCAAGAUCACCCUCGGGUGACGGCCAGAGUUCUGUUUACAUGGCCCAAGAUCCGAGCAUGUUUGAAAGGGCUUACACCGAACAAUAUUUUGUUUAAUCAGCAAAUGGAGGCACACCCGUCACCUAUGGCUUCCCUGCCGCGACUUUUGCCGCCCGCCUCCGCGCCACCUUUUGCCCCGUCUUUAAAAACGGAUGAGCGGCAUUUUGCGUCUCGCAAACCACCUGAUGAUCAUGAUAUGGACACUGAGGACCCUGGGUUUCCCUUAGCCCCCGUCAUACAGCCGGACCGCUCGGCCGCCUUUGCGGCAGCUGUUUCCGCCGCAGUCCUGGAAGAAGGGGACAUUACUAACAAAGAGAAAGAAAGGAUGAAGGAGAAAGAAAAAGACGCCCGCUACACCAAUGGGCACCUCUUCACUUCCAUCACUGUUUCCGGCAUGACCAUGUGUUUUGCCUGUAACAAGAGCAUCACAGCCAAAGAGGCGCUGAGUUGUCCCAACUGCAAUGUCACCAUCCACAACCGCUGCAAGGAUACUUUACCAAAUUGUACCAAAGUCAAGCAGAAGCAUCAAAAGGCAGCCUUGCUCAAGAACAAUUCAGCAUUGCAGUCGGUGUCCCUGAGGAACAAAACAACCAUUAGGGAACGCCCCAGUUCUGCCAUCUACCCCUCAGAGAGCUUCCGCCAGACCCUGCUGGGAUCCCGCCGGGGCCGCCCCACUUUGUCCCUUUCCAAAAGUGUCUCUACCACCAACAUUGCAGGGACUUUCAAUGAUGAAUCUCCCUUGGGCAUCAGAAGAAUCCUGUCCCAGUCCACCGAUUCCCUUAACAUGCGCAACCGAACACUGUCAGUAGAAUCACUCAUUGAUGAAGGAGCUGAAGUCAUCUACAGUCAGCUGAUGAGUGAUUUUGAGAUGGGGGAGAAGGACUUUGAGGCCGAUUCCUGGAGCCUGGCAGUGGACAAUAAUUUUUUGCAGCAGCAACAAGAAGGAGGUCAUGAAACGACAAGAUGUCAUUUAUGA